AUGCUUGACAACGCAAUGGGACGUGAUGGUGUAAGAAAUAAUGGACGUUCUAAUUGUCGAUGGAUGGCUACUCGUCAAGUGUGGUCAGAAUAUCAAAGGAUGCAGAAUACAGCUACGGAGUAUGAACGAAAACAUGUUUAUCGAAUAGAAUGUCGUGAAUGCAAUACUAUUUUGACGGAUCGUGGCAUGAAUGCUGUACUUCUUUCGGAUAGAUCUAUUGAACUCUUCUCCACUGAUUUAUUACCUGAUACUAUUGGACUUGUAGAAGGAGAUUAUUCUGCAGUGGCCUGUACAUGUCGAGUUCGUGAUACAGCAUGUUAUCAAUGUGGAAAUAUAGUAGGAUAUCAUGUUAAUGUACCAUGUAAAUUAUGUUUGAGUCAACCGAAUAAUGGACAUUUUUGGAUGUUUCGGAGUGUUGCAGUCAAAGCAAGAACCAUCUUUAUUCAAUUGACGGGUGAUAGUAAAUAUCGUGAUUUACCAUUGAUGUGGGGAUUUGUUCAUUCAGCCGGGGAAUUUGAAGGAAGAUACUUUAAAUCAGGAGAUUCAUUGGCUGCUCAUGAAUCCUGUCGAUUAUCAGUUAAAUUAACUUCUAAUAUUCCAUUAUUUGUUCGACAACCAGAAACAAAACGUGUACCAGCUAGAUCAAGAGAAGGGGAAGUACCUGAUAUGUAUUUAAAUAUGUGUAGAUGA